GGAAAGGAACCGGAAGCCGGAUGGGGAGUUGGACUGGGUCAAAGUGGCAUGGCCAUGCUCCAGGCUUUCCCUCUGGGACUCCUCAGUGAGCCUGCAGGUACCCUGAUGGAGCCUCAGCUCUGCUCUCAAAGCCUAGCUGAGGGCUUCCUGGAGGAGGAGCUUCGACUCAAUGCCGAGCUGAACCAGUUGCAGUUCUCAGAGCCUGUGGGCCUCAUCUACAAUCCUGUGGAGUAUGCGUGGGAGCCACAUCGCAGCUACGUGACCCGCUACUGCCAGGGUCCAAAGAAAGUGCUCUUCCUGGGCAUGAACCCAGGACCCUUUGGCAUGGCUCAGACUGGGGUGCCCUUUGGGGAGGUGAGUGUGGUCCGAGACUGGCUGGGCAUUGGGGGACCUGUGCUACCCCCUCCCCAAGAGCACCCUAAACGACCUGUGCUGGGACUGGAGUGCCCACAGUCAGAGGUGAGCGGUGCCCGAUUCUGGGGCUUUUUCCGGAACCUCUGUGGGAAACCAGAGGUCUUCUUCCAUCACUGCUUUGUCCACAACCUAUGUCCUUUGCUCUUCCUGGCUCCCAGCGGACGUAACCUCACCCCUGCCGAACUGCCUGCCAAGCAGCGAGAACAGCUUCUUGGGAUCUGUGAUGCGGCCCUCUGCCGGCAGGUGCAGCUGCUGGGGGUGCGGCUAGUGGUGGGAGUGGGGCGGCUGGCGGAGCAGCGGGCACGGCGAGCUCUGGCAGGCCUGAUGCCAGAGGUCCAGGUGGAGGGGCUUCUACAUCCCUCACCUCGUAACCCACAAGCCAACAGGGGCUGGGAGGCAGUGGCCAAGGAGAAGCUAAAUGAGUUGGGGCUACUUCCACUGCUGAUGGAAUAAGUGCCCUGAGGCCUAGGCAUAGGACACAUUCAAGGUCCCCAAGUCUCUGCAAGCAGAUGACUGCACACCUGGCUUGGAGCAGCAAGGUCUUCCUGGGCUCCCUGGCUGCUGGGAGACAUGUUCAUUGAUCUAUUCAACUGUCCACCAGCCUCCCUUGGCAGUUUUGACACUACUCCUGCUCCCGCUCCUUUACCUUCUUGCUUCCUUUAUGUUCCUUUGAUCCUUGUUCCUUU